AUGGCAAGACCGAUUGAUGUUAGCCAGCUGAUUGCUGGUAUAAACAAGAAGAGAGGGCUAGAUAGGGGUACGCCAGGUAAAGUCAGCAAACCUAAGUUUCUGAGUAAAAAUGAAAGAUUCAAGCAGGAGCGUCUGGAGGAGAACGAAGAGGAUUUGAAACCUGCCGUGGGUAACAUUGCUACAGUAGAUGUUGAAGAGGUGAACUUCAGAGACGACAGUUUUCUCAAUGAAACAAAUAAUAAGAAAAAGAAUUCAUCAAAGCAAAAUGGUUCCAAAUUUCAAUUUUCUUGGAAUGAAAGCGAAGAUACUCUCACUGGUUACGAUCCUAUUGUUUCGACUAAAGCUAGCGAUUUGCUGCAAAAAGGGAAGACUCCUAAGGAUUCUGCAGAAUCUUCCUAUAUGGGUAAGCAUUGGACCGAGAAGUCUUUGCAUGAAAUGAAUGAGAGAGAUUGGAGAAUACUGAAAGAGGACUACGCUAUUGUUACAAAAGGUGGGGCAGUACAAAAUCCAUUGAGGAAUUGGGAAGAACUUAAUAUUAUACCAAGGGAUUUGUUACGUGUAAUUACACAGCAACUUCAAUUUCCUUCACCGACACCUAUUCAAAGAAUUACUAUCCCAAACGUUUGCGAUGCAAAACAAUAUAGAGAUUUCCUUGGUGUUGCGUCUACAGGCUCAGGUAAGACUUUAGCCUUUGUAAUACCUAUUCUAAUCAGGAUGAGUAGAUCACCUCCGAGGCCACCAUCUUUAAAGAUCAUGGAUGGCCCCAAAGCAUUAAUUCUAGCACCAACAAGAGAACUGGUACAACAAAUUCAAACAGAAACACAAAAGGUCACAAAAUUAUGGUCCAAAGAGAAUAAUUAUGACUGUAGAGUAAUUUCUAUUGUAGGUGGACACUCGUUGGAGGAAAUCUCAUUCUCUCUAUCGGAGGGCUGUGAUAUUCUGGUGGCUACGCCAGGGCGUUUGAUUGACUCUUUAGAAAAUCAUUUACUAGUAAUGAAACAGGUGGAGACAUUGGUGCUAGAUGAAGCUGAUAAAAUGAUUGAUUUAGGUUUUGAAGACCAAGUAACUAACAUUUUAACAAAAGUUGAUGUAAAUGCUGAUCCCGCGGUGAACAGACAAACCUUGAUGUUUACGGCUACAAUGACCCCCGUAAUAGAAAAAAUUGCAGCAGGGUACAUGAAAAAGCCUGUUUAUGCAACCAUAGGGGUUGAUACAGGCUCUGAUCCUUUGAUACGACAGGUUGUGGAAUAUGCUGACAAUGAUGAAGAUAAAUUCAAGAAGUUGAAGUCAGCUGUCAUUAAAUAUGAACCACCAAUAAUAAUAUUCAUUAAUUACAAACAGACUGCUGAUUGGUUAGCGGAAAAAUUUCAGAAGGAAACCAACAUGAAGGUGACCAUUUUACAUGGUUCGAAAUCCCAAGAGCAAAGAGAAUAUUCCUUGCAGUUAUUUCGCACCAACAAAGUCCAAAUUAUGAUCGCAACUAAUGUUGCUGCAAGAGGAUUAGAUAUUCCUAACGUUUCAUUAGUAGUCAAUUUCCAGAUUUCCAAAAAAAUAGAUGAUUACAUUCAUAGAAUUGGUAGAACAGGUCGUGCCGCAAAGGAGGGCACCGCUAUCUCAUUUGUUAGUGGUGCUGAGGAUGAAUCACUGAUACGUGACCUUCACAAAUAUGUCAGAAAGCAUGAUCCCUUAAACAGCAAUAUUUUUUCCGAUGUUGUAAAAAACAAAUACAACGUCGGUAAACAGGCCGUUAAUGAGGUUAUAUAUUAA